GUUGUUGGUCCUCCUGGGCCACCGGGACCUCCUGGACCACCAGGGCCUCCUGGUCCCCCUGGUCCUCCCGGUCCACCAGGACCGCCGAGACCCCCUGGUCCUCCAGGUCCACCAGGGCCACCUGGACCUUUGGGGCCUCCUGGACCGCCUGGUGAUCCUGGCGUUUUCGUUGGUGUGGUGGGUGUUGUCUUUUGUCCUGGACGUGGUGUGGCUAGUCCACCUGGCCCUCCCGGCCCUCCCGGUCCUGCUGGCCCUCCUGGACCUCCAGGACCCCCUGGUCCACCAGGACCACCUGGCCCCGCCGGACCUCCGGGAAGUCCUGGUUUCUUGGUUGGCUUAGUAGGCUUGGUUGUUUUUCCAGGGACAGGUGUGGUGGGUCCACCAGGGCCACCGGGUCCUCCUGGCCCUCCAGGACCACCUGGUCCACCUGGGCCACCGGGUCCUCCGGGUCCUCCAGGGCCUCCGGGACCUCCUGGUGUCCCUGGAGCCUUUUCAGUGGGUUUCGUGGGUCUAGUAGAUACACCUAUGAUAACAAUAUUUUGACAGUUCUUUGUUUUAUGACCUAAAGCAUGUUGUGGAUGAAAGCUAUUAGAUACUGGUAAACACAGAUAUGACCUAAAGCCCCGUGCAAACAGACGCGACGUUGUUGGCAAUUAAAUCCCAGCAUUGUUGGAUGUUACAUGUAGCCUCCGUUUGCACACCCUGUUGCGUGUUGUUGCGUGUUGUUGGGAGUUGUUGCGACCGUUUGCACGUAGCUUAAAAGCAUGUGGGGGUGGGGCUCUAACGAUUACUGCAAACAGUCUGCAUGCUCAGACGAAAAGACAGUAUUUUUACUGGCUACCAACAGUCCCGAUUAGACUUAUCAUUGAAAGGGAAUCGAGAUUUAUCAUUAUUUCUUACCAUGGUGUACUCUAUGUUAUCUUCUGUGUUUGAUUGGAAGUUUACACACACCUUGUAAAUUGCACGCAUAAUAAAUACUUUAUUUGUUAUGUAAGUUACAAUUGGCAGCCUUUACGAGGACGGCAAAAAAACAGCAAAAAAUCAAAUCAACCAAAAUAACAACUUUGCAUGUGCAUCACACUUUUUUUGCACUUCGUCGAUGUUCACCGCACAACUGCGACGUCAAACUUUCCUUUUGAAUGACCGAACAUUACCAUUAGUUUUUGCCCGUUUCUGCAAUUAUUCUUUGUCUGUAUCGCAUUGUGUCUAACUACUAGCGUACACAUGUCGAAACUACGAAAAAUGCACAAGCUGGCGGGAAAAAAAUUGAUCGUGCUUCCCGUGUAAGAACCUAAAGCUGGUAGUCUCUUGGUGUUGCGGACGGCUGCGAUCACUAAAUGACGUAAUACAGAAGAUUAAAAAUGCAGUGAACAAUACCCACAUUACGAGACACCCAAUCUAAGCGCAAAACUUUAUUAUGCAUGUCUUCUAGGAGAUAUAUAACUCAACUGUACCUGGUCUUUUAGUUGUCGGUCCACCAGGUCCGCCUGGACCUCCAGGACCAGCUGGGCCUCCUGGGCCUCCCGGACCUCCAGGUCCCCCUGGCCCAUUGGGUGUCCCUGGACGCUUUGUAGGCUUUCCGGGCUUGGGAGUUGUCUUAGGUCCGCCGGGUCCUCCUGGCCCGCCUGGACCUCCUGGGCCUCCUGGUCCCGCGGGUCCCCCUGGCCCACCCGGUCCAUUAGGGCCUCCCGGUCCACCGGGCCCCCCUGGGCCUCCAGGACCACCUGGUUUACCUAUGAAGGAAAACCAACAAGGAUUAGGAGAGAGUAUAACAGAAAGUACUACAAAAUAGGACAUUGAACUGUCUGGUUUUCAGGCUCCGUUUACACGGGUGCGGAGGAAUUUUGAUCGGACAAAAACUUAUGCGGAUCCGCUUUUCGUGUAAACGGGACCAGUGGGACUGUGCAAGCUUUUGAACGGCAGAGUGUGCAAGUUUUUGACCUGAACAGAAGCAGGUCAAAAUUUGUCACUGGUAUGGUCACACUUUUACGCGGACUAGCGUAAAACACCUGAACCCUGAAGUUUUUUGUUGCACAGUAUGCGCGGUAAAAGGCUAGAACCUAGGUACGCGCCUUUCAGGUUGAUAGAGAAAGCUAUUCCAAUGCUGACACCGGCAAAAAUUUCUACGGCUUCGUGCAAACAAUAAUGUCACAGAAUUUGCACGGUUCCUUGUAAACGGGUCGCGCAAGUCAAAAGUUCGUCCGUUCAAACGUUUUUCCAGACCCGUGCAAACGAGGAGAUUUUCCGCUAAUAUCAAAUGAUUAUUUACGUAAAAAAUCCAAAGAUGUCUAUAAAUUCAGCUCAUACCUGGAGGCUGUUUCGUUGGUUUUGUUGUUUUACCAGACUUUGGUGUUGUUGGUCCACCUGGGCCUCCGGGGCCACCUGGUCCCCCCGGUCCCCCAGGACCGCCGGGGCCUCCUGGUCCACCAGGACCUCCUGGUCCGCCUGGGCCUCCAGGACCUCCAGGGGAUCCGGGUCCUCCUGGAGUUCCUGGUUUC